AUGCGAGAGGAGUGUGCCGAGUCUGCGAAGGCCAAGUACAAGACCAAAGUCAUCGCUCACGGCGAGUCGCUUCGGGACCUCGAAGGCUUAAAGCUGCAGUUGUCGAAGCUUCAGAUCGAGGCGUGGACACACCUGACCGCUGCGGAGACUACCCAAGCCAAGUUGGCGUCGUCUGAGUCUAGCUGGGGUCAGCAGAGGGAGGCCCUCGACAAGGAGAUCGCUAAUUUGACUGCUAGGCAAGUCAUUCCUGUUGGUCCCGCGCGCGAUAGGGAUGCAGGCUCUGCGCCGCCUGCAGAGACCGAGCCCGCUGGCGACGUGGACGAGAUGUUUGCGCCAGGUGAUCUCGUACUUGUGGAGGUAGAAGAAUUUCAUCGACAUGCAGCUUGCGAUGAGCAAGCAAGAGGACACUCGCUUGAAGCUUCAGGCAAUCCGCUUUAG